GCACGAUUUCUUUCCCUCUGUAGAACCUUGUAUCCCACGUUUCCUCCUUCAAAUUCUGUGAUUAAUGGCUGGCUUGCUGACUUGCUCACAACAGAGUCCACCAUAGCUGUUUGGAGCUCAUGUUCAGUGGGCAGCACCUCAUCAGACGACCCUUGCCAACCAGUCAAAACACCCUGCUCUAUAGACUUGACCAGAUUUGCUACAGCCAGAUUCAGAUUUCUACAAGCAGCUUCUGCAGAUACCUGAGCUUUGCCCUUUGAGGCCGCAGGGGUUUUAUUAGGGCUUUGACCUUUGUUUUGACUUUGUUUCAGCUCCAAUUCCAAAAGAAACGAAACAUUCGAGUCCCCCUUUCCGCCUUUCGUCACGUGUUAGGUUUUAGCGGAGAAGCCAUAGCUGGAAACCAGUAACAAGAAGGAGGAACUGAGGAAGAAGAACAAGGAUGCUGUACGUAAUAGGGUUGGGAUUGGGCGACGAGAAGGAUAUCACCCUGCGAGGGUUAGAAGCAGUGAAGAAGUGUGAGAAAGUGUUCAUGGAAGCUUACACUUCUUUGCUCUCUUUCGGCCUCUCCGACGACGGAAUCGCUACUCUGGAAAAUCUGUACGGGAAGCCGAUUACAAUCGCCGACAGGGAGAUGGUGGAGGAGAAAGCCGACGAGAUUUUGUCCGCCGCUGGUGCCUCCGAUGUCGCCUUCCUCGUCGUCGGAGAUCCCUUCGGAGCUACGACGCAUAGUGAUCUAGUGGUUCGAGCUAGGGAAUUAGGGAUUGGGGUUAAGGUAGUGCACAAUGCGUCCGUGAUGAAUGCGAUUGGGGUUUGUGGAUUGCAGCUCUAUCGUUAUGGCGAGACUGUUUCGAUUCCGUUCUUCACUGAUGUUUGGAGGCCUGAUAGCUUCUAUGAGAAGAUACAGAAGAAUAGGGAGCUUGGAUUGCAUACUCUCUGCUUGCUAGAUAUUCGAGUGAAGGAGCCUUCGUGGGAGUCCUUGUCGAGGGGGAAGAAGAAGUAUGAACCACCAAGGUACAUGACUAUAAACACUGCAAUCGAGCAGCUGCUGGAAGUUCUACAAAAGCGCGAAGGAUCUGCAUACGAUGAAGAUACCGAUUGUGUUGGGUUUGCCCGGGUGGGAAGUGAGGACCAGAAGAUAGUUGCUGGGCCAAUGAAGCAACUACUUUCAGUCGAUUUUGGUUCACCUUUGCAUUGCCUUGUGAUAACAGGCCAGACACAUCCAUUGGAGGAAGAAAUGCUGAACAUCUACCGGCUUAAUACAAAAGAUGAUUCAGACCAGAAAGUUAAAAAGAGUGUAUAAUUUCCUUGGUUGUCGAAGCAACAAUUGUAACCUGAUGACUCGAGUUAUAACAGAAAUCCCAUUUAUGGAACCUUGAAAUCUUGUUUUGCCUAUUGUUCGGAGAAAUUGAGCCACACAUGCUGUGCUAAAAUGAUUUUGGCGCCAUUUUGUUACUUAAUUACAUGACAAACAACAUUUCAUUUGUGGUCAAUUUAAAAAACGCUUCAGAUGAGCAGGUCAAGUCUCUUUUGUGGCAUUGACCUCAAUUUCU